AUGGCAAGCACAGUCGGCACUAUUCUGAGCGCUCCCCGCGAGCUCUUGAUUAUCCUUGCGUGCGAGUUCGCUGAUUCCUUUAGUACGUUCGCGCUUGACUAUGUGUUCGUGCUUUUUCUUAGCAGCGUGUUUAGUUUCAGCGACCAGGGGGCUGGAUGGUUAUACGGCAUUUUUGGUCUCAUGGUUCUGUUGUACGGGGUUGUAGUGGGUCCACUUAUUGACAACAUCGGAGUCAAAUGGGCCCUGAUCGUAGGCUCCACCUUCGCGACCAUUGGGCGUCUUUCAAUUGUCUUUGUCUCGGAAGCAGCUCUCCUCCUGGCGAUCCUGUUGACCGUACUGCCCAUAGGUGUCGCCAUGACGAGUAAUGUCCUCAAACUUGGAGUAAGGAGGUACACAACAAAGGCGUAUCGAUCGUUGGCGUUCGAUUCCUCGUAUUUCGCGAUCAACUGUGCCGCCCUCGGGUCUGCCGUUCUCCUGACGGGCACACGAGCUCUAGCGGCGCACUACGGCCAAUACUACAGGCUUUAUUUGCUGCUGUCUUUUUCGUGUUGCCUAGUCCAGCUUAUUCUUUCCUGCUGUCUGCGAGAAAUAGUCGUUCACGAAGAGACUAACGACGUCAGGGAAUUUUGCAUACAGUCGUCUCAUCCAUUCGAGAUCCUGCACAGCGUCUGCAAAUCAUCAAGCGUCUGGAAAUUUUUUUUCGUCUCGCUAUUGGUAUGCGCCGGGGUCGGCACAUGCCUACGGCACUUCGGAAGCACAUUUCCGAAGACAUUCACAAGAGUACACGGAGCAAACGCUCCCUUCGAGCUGGUUCUGUCCGUAAACCCAGUAUUAAUCAUGGUGUUAAUGCCCUUGGUGUCGUUGUCUCGAUUCAAUCAGUACGCGUCUCCAUACGAACUGCUCGUUAUAGGAUCUACCAUUUCGGCACUCUCAAUGUUCGUCAUGGGAGUCUCGGCCUCGACAGCAGCGGCAGUGAUAAGCAUCGCGGCGUUCACCGUCGGGGAAAUGAUUUGGGCACCACGGUUUUUGGAGAUGUCUGUGAUGGUCGGCGACGAGGGACGAGAAGGGACCGUUGUCGCUCUUACUGGCUUCCCUAAGUUCAUCGCUCGUCUUGUUGCUGGCGGGUCAUCAGGAUACCUACUGCAGCGAUACUGCCCCCAACAAGGCAUAUGUCAAAGCGGAGGCAUGGUAUGGUCAGUCGUCGGAUUUCUCGCUCGUAAGACCUGGCCAGAAAGUACGAGUCAAGGCCUCAGCGCGAAGCCAACGCUUCUGUAG